AUGGUGGGUUUGAUGGUGGCCUCGAUCAAGAGGAAGUGGAGACAGGCAGCGCAAAAGGAAUCGUCAGCAUUGGGCCAAGGCAGGCGCCGCCAUGGUGGGAAAAUUGACGAGUGUACUGGACUAGUGCCAGCACCUGUGCGCCUGGACUGGAGCCAACUAAAGGAGAGGAAAGCCGAAGUGUCGAUAGCCCCGUUUAGGGCAGUGAAACGGAGGGCGACGAUGGCACGGCUGUGGCAUGCCAUUUCAUCCCUCCACCCAAUCCUCUCCCUCUGCUCCCCACGUAAUCCGGCCCCCUUGCGUCGUCCACCCGUGGUGCAGCAAAGAAACUGCAGCGGUCUGGCAGCCAGACUGGGAGACCGGACCGUCAGCUGGGAGGGCGCCAUGUGGUCUGGUGGAUGGUUGCUCGGACGAAUGGCAGCAUUCCGGGAGUGUCUGACUGGAUGCCGGGAUCCGAGCAACGUCGUCAAGAGUCUUAGUAGGCUAGGCAGAGAAAUAAAACCGCCAGGGAGUGGAGUGAUGAAGACGCAAGAAUUGGCGCCGGGCGGAGUUAAGCAUCGACUAGCACUACUGGGUGGUCCGACCGAGAGACUGUCGAUCGAGAGUGUGAAGACGGACAUCUCCCGUUCAGGAACAGGACGCCUACGUAUGGUUGUUAAAUAG